ACUUCACAUAUUUUACCUGCAAAUCAACAGUAGAACAAAGAGAGCUGGUGGGCAAGAUGGGUUCACAAUACCAUAGCCUAAAAAGGCUCGUCUCCUACAAAAGUUACUACUUACUUGCAGAGACAGAGACAGAACCCUCAUCUCUUACAAUAUGGUUGAACAACUUGAGAACCCAUCUUCUCUUCUUCCUCCUUCUGAUCCCCCAGAGUCACAGCCAAAGCCACAGCCUCCACCGUCUGAUCCAAUUCCUAUUCCUUCAUCACAACCAUCAGAUCCAGCAACAACCCCACCUCCUCGAACUGGGUUCAAUCCCAGCAGAAGUAAGUUGAUUGGUAUCAUCAGAAGGAAGGCCAUGAUAAAAGACUUAGCUGCUAUAUACCAUGCAGAGUGCCUUGCAUAUUGUCAAGAACUUUUGGAACUUCAAAAAAAAGUGGAAGAGUCAUUGAUUAACGCCAAACCUGCAGAAGAUUCAAGGAGAGAAACGAUGAGGCCCCCAAAACGUAUGAAGAAAGCUCGUUAGCAUGUAAUGAAAAAAGAAUUCACAUUAUCUAAUAUCAACGCAGAGGAUGCAUUUUUUGUCAUUCAGUUGGGAGCCACAGCUUAGUUCCUGAUUCGGCAAUGGACUCUAUGCAUAUAUUACAAACCCUUCUAUAUGGCUGGAACCACGAUGCAGAAUUUUCACAGUCACACAGCUAUUCUAUCUGUAGCCGGUAGAGUUUGAUUGGUUGUAUUAUAUAGUUAUAUUGUAUUGAGUGGAAAACUUAAAAAAUAGCAUUAAUUGGUAAUGUUUUGCUGUGAAGUGUCUACAGCAAACACUACCACAUGAAAAUUGAAAAGGUGGAGAGAAUAUCUUAUGAUUCUUUGUCUUUUUGCUUUCAGAUUU